UAGGGCUCAUUCCCAGUUGCAAGACAGUGCUGGUGGCUACCAGCAGAGGCCAAAUUCAGCCGGGUGUCUCAGAAGCAUCAGGGCAGCCCCUUUUAGCUCUUAGCUCAGUUCAUGACACAGCCUGCACUUUAGAGAGAUUCCUUUGCACUUUGAGCAGCAACUACUGAACACAGCAGCAGCAUUCACCUCUUUAAUUGAUGUUUCAAAGAAGAGAAAUGCAUCAUCAGUUUUCCUCUUGUGAAGCUCCCGAGAAAAGAAGAAUUUCCUAAAUCCCGAAGCAAAGAAGCAUAAACUAGUGAGUGCAAAGGCAGAAAAAAGCAGUAACAUUCUGGAGAUAAAAUGCAAAGAGAUUCUCUGAGACUGCAAAGACUACUUAAAGAACGAAGACGGCAUGAGAUUGGAUUUGAUGCACUAAAAUAGGUUAGCUUGAGGAUAAGAAAAACAGUUGCUAUUUAGAUCUUCUCUUGUUGCCGUGAUGAGAACUUACCAUUGCUUCUGGUUGCUGUUUUGGGCUGGCCAGCCCCAACAAAGUUUCUUAACUUUGCUGUCCAAAAGGACUAGUGGCUUUCCAGAAAAGGAAAAGGUUUUGGUAUUGUCUGGAAACAGCAGGAGAGACCUCAGUCGUUCCAAAAGGAGUUGGAUGUGGAAUCAGUUCUUUUUAUUGGAGGAAUAUACAGGAACUGACUAUCAAUAUGUUGGCAAGCUGCAUUCAGACCAGGAUAAAGGAGAUGGAUCACUUAAGUAUAUCCUUUCUGGAGAUGGAGCAGGAGACCUUUUCAUUAUCAAUGAAAACACUGGUGACAUCCAAGCCACAAAGAGACUGGACAGAGAAGAGAAGCCUGUAUACAUACUUCGUGCCCAGGCUAUAAAUCGAAGAACUGGAAGACCAGUGGAACCAGAAUCUGAGUUCAUCAUCAAGAUCCAUGAUAUCAAUGACAAUGAGCCAAUGUUUACAAAGGAUGUUUACAAUGCCAGCAUUCCAGAAAUGUCAGAUGUUGGUACCUUUGUUGUACAAGUCACUGCAACUGAUGCCGAUGAUCCUACAUAUGGGAACAGCGCUAAAGUUGUCUACAGCAUUCUCCAGGGACAACCAUAUUUCUCCGUAGAAUCCGAGACAGGUAUUAUUAAAACUGCUUUGCUAAACAUGGAUCGUGAAAACAGGGAGCAAUAUCAAGUGGUCAUCCAGGCUAAGGACAUGGGAGGCCAGAUGGGCGGAUUAUCAGGAACCACCACUGUGAACAUCACGCUGACCGACGUAAAUGACAAUCCUCCUCGGUUCCCCCAGAGCACCUACCAAUUCAGAGCUCCUGAGUCCACGCCACCUGACUCACCAAUUGGCAGGAUUAAAGCUAACGAUGCAGAUGUGGAUGAAAACGCAGAGAUUGAAUACAGCAUCACUGAGGGUGAUGGAUAUGACAUGUUUGGAAUUACCACAGACAAGGACACACAGGAAGGAAUCAUAACUGUCAAAAAGGCACUGGAUUUUGAAAAUAAAAACUUGUAUAUUCUGAAGGUGGAAGCCACCAAUACUCACGUGGACCCUCGAUUCCUCUACUUGGGGCCAUUCAAGGAUUCAGCCACAAUCAGAAUUCAAGUGGAAGAUGUAGAUGAACCCCCUGUGUUCAGCAGACCAGCAUAUAUAAUUGAAGUGAAAGAAGAUGUUCCAAUAAACAGUGUAAUAGGAACAGUAACAGCACAGGAUCCAGAUGCUGCCAAGAACACUGUCAAGUAUUCUGUAGAUCGACACACUGAUAUGGACAGAGUAUUCAACAUCAACUCAGGAAAUGGUUCAAUAUUUACUUCAAAAACUCUUGACCGGGAAACAUUGCUAUGGCACAACAUUACAGUAAUAGCAGCAGAGAUCAACAACCCAAAACAAAGCAGCCGUGUCCCAGUGUUCAUUAAGGUUUUGGAUGUAAAUGACAACGCUCCAGAGUUUGCCAUGUUUUAUGAGACCUUUGUCUGUGAAAAUGCAAAGGCAGAACAGCUGAUACAAACGUUGAGUGCUGUUGAUAAAGAUGACUCUUACAGUGGACACCAGUUUUCAUUCUCCAUAGCUCCAGAGGCAGCCAGCAGCUCAAACUUUACACUCCAGGACAACCGAGACAACACAGCGGGGAUUUUCACCCGAAAAACCAGAUAUAACCGGCAUGAAAUGAGUACCUACUUUUUGCCAGUGGUAAUAUCAGACAAUGACUACCCUAUCCAGAGCAGCACUGAAACGGUGACUAUUCGGGUAUGCGCUUGCGACCAUCGAGGAAAGAUGCUGUCCUGUAACGCUGAAGCCUUGAUUCAUCCUACUGGUCUUAGCACUGGGGCUCUUAUUGCCAUUCUUCUCUGUAUCAUUAUAUUACUUGUUACAGUGGUGUUGUUUGCAGCACUGAGACGGCAAAGGAAAAAAGAGCCUUUGAUUAUUUCCAAAGAAGACAUCAGAGACAACAUUGUCAGUUAUAAUGAUGAAGGUGGUGGAGAGGAAGACACCCAGGCAUUUGAUAUCGGCACGCUGAGGAACCCCGAAGCCAUAGAUGAUAAUAAAUUACGCAGAGACAUUGUGCCAGAAACGCUUUUUAUGCCACGGCGGACUGCAACAGCCCGAGAUAACACGGAUGUCAGAGAUUUCAUUAACCAAAGGUUAAAGGAGAAUGAUACAGACCCAGCAGCCCCCCCGUAUGACUCGUUAGCGACCUACGCUUACGAAGGUAAUGGUUCUGUGGCAGAGUCCCUCAGCUCCUUGGAGUCGGUGACCACAGAUGGAGACCAGGACUAUGAUUACCUCAGUGACUGGGGGCCGCGGUUUAAAAAGCUGGCAGAUAUGUAUGGCUCAAUGGACAGUGACAAAGACUCUUAAUAUGUUGCCUUUUUUUUCCCUCCUUCAUUUUCAGAAACAGCAUUGAGAUACGUGAAGUGGCUAUUUCUUUCUAUUUCUCCACAGCUCUGUGAAAGGGUUCUCUGUUCGAACGGUUCCAGUUGUCUAAUGACUGCAGUGUGGAUCAGCUGUCAGAAAACUUUUUCUAGUAUCAUUUUAUGAGCUUCCAAGAGGCAAAGUUCUUAUUUUUUAGGGCAUCCAAGUUUAUCAAGCCAACCUUACAGGCACAGCAGUGGUGGAGGGGAAAAAAAAAGAUCAGAUGGGGAGCAAUAUUUUUACUUGUUCUGCUUAUAUUGUAAAUUGGAGUAUAUUACUGUUUAAGCUCACUUGCUCUUUUUACUUGUAUUCAGAUUAUUCAGCUCAGACAACUGCUCUGUUGAUUGUGUAUUGCACAUCCCAAUGUAAUGAGGUACCCUAGUUUAACCUAUGUAUUAUAGUCAAAAGUAGUGGUGAUGGAAUGAAGGUUUAUUAUACAAAGUAGAGUCAGCUGAGAAAAAACAUCCAACACAUUUUACUCAUGAGGAAGUUAGAGAGGCCUAAUGGUCAUUUAAAUCUAAGUGUUUUUCCAGAACUUGCCAUUGCCCCCAAUGCACUGAAUUGUAUUAACACACAUAUAUAUAGUUCAUUGACUGCUAUGUAUAUAUUCUUCUGACCUAGCAUUGCUGGAGAGAUGUGAGUGCAUGCAUGUGUGUGCGGUCAGUAGCCCCAGUACCUUGUUUUUAGAUGGCUUCUAGGAACCUAGACUCCAUAUUAGACCAUGACCUGGAGGAAGGAAUAGAAAGUAACUGUGCUUUGUAUUUGCGAUGGCUUCCACAUGCACGUCAGUGUUAAAGGCCACUGUGCUGGGGAGGCAGGACUCAGGCUUUUCUACUUCUGCCUGUUCCAAAGUGUAGGAGGGCUGUUGUAGCUCCAAGGUCAUCACCGACCGUUGAGUCAAAAGAAGAAACUGCAAAGGAGGGAGGAGAACUUCUAUGUCCUGAGUUCCCCUGGUGGCAGCCCAGGGUUCCUUCUCACUGACUCUCUCCCCAGUUUUGCUGUAAAGUAGGGAAAUAAUGCCUACCUCAUCAGGAUGUUGCAAGAAUUAGAUAAGUCACUCAGAAAAUGCUUUACAGAUGGAAAAGGCUGGCACUCUACCAGAGGAAGUAAUUUCUUAUGCUUUUUUUGCAUUUUUUUUCUUCCCCCUUCAGAUACAAACCCUGAAUGCACAAAUAAGCAAAAAUCAAUUGUCAUUCUAGUGGACUGAAAAGCAGGGUAUAUAACUU